UUUUUUCCUAUACAUUUAAUAUCUCGAAUUUUUUUUUUUCUUUUCCAUUUGAAAAUGAAAAGAUAAUGGAACACCAACUUCAACUAGAAAUUCCUUUUCCCUCAUCAAGGCUUGCCUCUAUUGCUAUGCGUGUUUUGGCUGUAGAUAAAGAAUUGAAAACGGAUCAAGUCAAACGAACAAUUCAAUGUGAUGAUGCUUUAUUAAAAGUUCAUUUUGAAAGUGUAUCAGCCAAAAUGUUACGUGUAUCCAGUAACUCCUUUUUAGAAAUGCUUUUGAUGGUGACUAGAACUAUGGACCAAUUUGAUCAAGUUGUAUAGUGAAUGAAUUUAUUUUUUUUUACCCCUUCUCCUUGUCCAUGUUAUUUGAUUAUUAUUUGGAGGUGAAUUUGAUAUCACUUCUUUUUUUUUUUUUUGUAGUCAAAGUACCUCAUUUUAAACCUAGUGAUAGUCAAUGAUUCCCUACUUUUUUUUUUUAUUUAUCAAGCAAAUAAUAAAAUCAUAUUGACAUUAGAAUAAUACAUUUCUUUUUGUCCUACUUCCAUCAUAUUAACAAGAAUGCUCAGAUAUCUUUCUUUUUUAUUUUUAUUUGUGGUCCCUAGCAACUACCUUUAACAGGUUCCCCAUUUUAUUCAGAAU